AUUUCCGCAUGAGCAGGGGCACCUUUUUUGAAAUCGUGGAGGAGUUGCGGCCGCAUCUGGACAGGAGGUUGACUGUCAUGCGUAGACCUAUCCCAGUGGAGAAACGCCUAGCCAUCACCCUAUGGAGGCUGGCUACCCCUUGCGUCUACAGGACCACAGCAGAGCAGUUCGGGGUAGGCUGCUCUACGGCGGCACAAAUAGUCCUGGAGGUGUGCUUUGCCAUGGAAGUGACCCUCCUAUCUCGUACAGUCAAGAUUGGGAACGUGGCAGAGAUCAUGCAUGGUUUUGGGGAGCUGGGGUUCCCUCAUUGUGUGGGCGCGGUGGAUGGCAGCCAUAUUCCUCUCCAAGCUCCGAUACACCAAGCCUCAGAAUACAUAAACAGGAAGGAUGAGUACUCCAUGAUUCUGCAGGGGACCUGCGACCACAAGGGGCGGUUCAUCAAUGUGGAAAUAGGAUGGAGCGGCAAGAACCAUGAUGCCUAUGUCUUUGCCAACUCAGGCCUCUGUGAGACGAUGGAUGCAGGUGUCUUCGUGCCUACCCAUCCAACAAUCAGAUUGCACGGCCAGCAGAUUCCACCCCUCAUUAUUGCGGAUGGCGCGUACCCUUUGCGUGAGUGGUUGAUGAAACCCUAUGGUGGGGCACUCACUCCACAGCAAGCCCACUUCAACCGCUGUCUUAGGCGAGCACGCCUUGUGGUGGAGCAGGCGUUCGGCCGCCUCAAGGGGAGGUGGCGGAGCAUAGGCGUGCGCCUGGAGCUGGCCGAAGAAAACAUCCCUUCGGUCAUCAGUGCUUGCGUCAUCCUGCACAACAUCUGCGAAACCAAGGGGCACGCCAUGCUCGUGGAGGCGGCGGAGCACAAUUCUGUUGAGCUGGCUACUCUGGGCGAGCCCUACGUCAAUGAGGCCAAUCGCCACACCCGGGAAGGGCACAAGGGCUUCAACGUGCCCGCCUCCGGGCUGUGUGCCAGGAGGAGCCUGUUGCAGCUGAGGAGGAGCAGCACCCAGCAGAGGAGGGCAGUGGGGAGGGAGGCCCCCCUCCUGAGGCGGCCCCCCCAGAGCAACCUCCCUGCAGCCCACCCACCGCACCACCUGGUGAUGGAGCUGCUGUGGCUGUGACGCCAGAUCUCAUGCGGUCCUUCAGCCGCUUAGAGGGGGCGGUGCGCAGAACAAUGCGCUCCUUGGAACGGAGGGUCACCCGCCUGGAGCGGGACGUCCGGGCCAUAAAGACAUCCUGCAGGCAGGAUGCUCACGACCAGCAAGGCCCCUGACUGUGGCGUUUUUAUUUUUUUAUUACUGUGUUUGAAAAUAAUGGUUUUCAUUAAAAUAAAGCUUUCCUUUGUUGUUGUUAUAAAAAAUUAAAAAUUUUCUAAUGUUUAUAAAAAAAAAUAAAUCUAAUAUAUUUUGCUUAAA